AUGGGUUUGUCACAGGAAAACAAGAACCUACACAUCAAGACCAGAGAGUCAAAGGUUGUAGCCAAGUGUACUUCCACAGUGCGGCUGUGUAAUUACAGGGAUGGCUCAGGUUUUCAAGACACUCAGCAUCACAAGGCUGUUAAGAACCACUCAUGCAGCUCAGAAGUGUGCAAUGGCUCCAUCAUGACUCCAAAAGCCCUGUGGCGCUCUCCUCCCGACGGUGCCUCAGACGCCAGUGAUCUUCUAAAGCAGGCUGUUGACUUCAUCAACCAGUUUUAUGAAUCAUUUAAAAUCUCCAGAACAGAAGAUCACCUGGCUCGACUUGAGGAAGUUAGUUCAGAAAUUGACACUACUGGGACUUACCAGUUGACCUCAGAAGAACUGGCUUUUGGGGCUAAACAGGCGUGGAGAAAUGCACCCAGGUGUAUUGGCAGGAUUCAGUGGUCCAAUUUACAGGUGUUUGAUGCCCGAAAGUGUAGCAGCAGUAAGGACAUGUUUCAUGACCUUUGUGAGCAUCUCCAGUUUGCCACAAAUGGAGGCAACCUGAGGUCUACGAUCACAAUGUUUCCGCAGAGAACUGAUGGAAAGCAUGACUUUCGUGUUUGGAAUAGCCAACUUAUAAAAUAUGCUGGGUAUCAGAUGCCAGACGGAACCAUACGAGGAGACCCUGCCAGUCUGGACUUCACAGAGAUUUGUAUUCGACUUGGGUGGACUCCAAAAUAUGGUUCCUUUGAUGUGCUACCACUGGUCUUGCAGGCCAACGGAGAGGACCCAGAGAUCUUUGAGCUUCCGCCAGAGUUGAUUUUGGAGAUUCCUAUGGAGCACCCACAGUUUGAAUGGUUCAAGGACAUGCAGCUCAGGUGGUAUGCUCUGCCUGCAGUGUCCAACAUGAUGCUAGAGAUUGGAGGACUUGAGUUCACAGCUUGCCCCUUCAAUGGCUGGUACAUGGGAACAGAGAUUGGGGUCAGGAAUUUCUGUGACACCCAGCGCUACAAUAUACUGGAGCAAGUUGGUCGUAAAAUGGGCUUGGAGACACAGACGCUGUCCUCCCUUUGGAAAGACCAGGCUCUUGUGGUUGUCAACGUAGCUAUUCUUCACAGUUUCCAGAAAAAUAAAGUAACCAUCAUAGAUCAUCACUCAGCUUCUGAAUCAUUCAUGAAGCACAUGAAGACCGAGUUUCAUCUCCGUGGAGGUUGCCCAGCUGACUGGGUCUGGUUGGUCCCCCCCAUGUCAGGCUCUCUCACACCUGUGUUCCACCAGGAAAUGACCAACUACAUCCUCUCUCCCUUCUACUACUACCAGCCUGAGGCUUGGGAAACUCAUGUCUGGAGAGAUGAGAAGAAAAAACUGAAGACGAGAGAAAUUCAUUUCCGUGCUGUUGCCAGGGCGGCACUCUUCUCUGUGCGUCUGAUGCAUGGAGCUAAGGCCCUGCGCGUGCGCUGCACUGUGUUGUAUGCAACAGAAACAGGGAACUCACUGACUCUGGCCAGAAAGCUAAACUCCAUGCUCAACUGUGCUUUCAACUCCAGGUUACUUUGCAUGGAAGAUUAUGUCCUCACUGACCUUGAAAAGGAGCGCCUGCUUAUUGUGGUGACCAGCACUUUUGGGAAUGGAGACUGCCCAGGGAAUGGAGAGAGUUUCAAAAAGGGACUCUUCAGUUUAGAAUCCCUCAGAAACAAAUUCAGGUACUGUGUGUUUGGCCUGGGUUCCCGCAUGUACCCACAGUUCUGUGCCUACGCCCAUGCUUUGGAUGCCAGGUUGUCACAGCUGGGGGCCAGGUGUUUGCUUCCAGUUGGGGAGGGAGAUGAACUGAAUGGGCAAGAAGAAACGUUCAGUGCCUGGGCACAAACAGCUUUUCAGGAAGCUUGCAAGGAGUUCAGAAUCCAGGGACAGCUCUCUGUCGUCGAGCGACCACCUGACACCUGGGAUCCCCAUAGAUACAGAGUGCAGAAUGACAACUGCACACUGGACCGCAUUAGAGCAUUGUCAGAGACUCACUCUAAAGCUGUCAUCCCCAUGAAACUGAAGAGGAAAGUUCCCUUACAAAAAGCUUGGUCCAGUCACUGUACAAUCCUGGUGGAACUCGAGCAAGACAGUGGAGCAGACCCCUUGCAAUUUGCCCCAGGUGAUCAUGCGGGAGUUUUCCCAGGAAACCCAGCAGAACUCGUGGCUGGUAUUCUGAAGCAGCUCCUCGAUGCCCCCCCUAUCAACCAGAGCUUGCAACUGGAGUUUCUUUACACCUCUGGCUCAGGGACCACAUGCUGGCAGACAGACAGGCGUAUCCCAGCAUGCCCUCUGGUACAGGCCCUCACCUAUCUGCUGGACAUCACCAGCCCUCCCUCCCAGCGCCUCCUCUAUAAACUCUCCCAGAUCGCCACCCAAGAGGAACACAGGCAGCGCCUGCUAAUGCUAGCGACGGACAACCAGGAGUAUGUGCAAUGGACAAACUUCUUCAGGCCCACUCUUCUAGAGGUGCUCCAACAGUUCCCAUCUGUGGAGCUCACAGCGACAUUCCUCCUGAGUCAGCUACCUCUGCUGAAGCCACGCAUGUACUCCAUCAGCUCCUCCCAUGAGCUUCGCCCUAAUGAGGUCCACCUCACAGUGGCAGUGGUGAACUACCACACCCAAGAUGGACAUGGUCCAUUACAUCAUGGAGUUUGUAGCACCUGGCUAAACACAAUCAAGGAAAGAGACUUGGUUCCCUGCUUCCUUUACAGUUCCGAAGGCUUUCACCUUACAGAACAAAGUGUACCUGUCAUCUUGGUUGGAGUAGGGAGUGGCAUUGCACCAUACCGAAGCUUCUGGCAGCAGCGACUGUGCAAUCUGUCAGGCUUGGCAGCUGUGCCCAUGACGUUGGUAUUUGGCUGCCGCAGUGCAGAGUCAGACCACCUGUACAAAGAGGAAGUGCUGGAGAUGAAACGCAGGGGAGUGUUGGGAACCAUCAGCACUGCUUACUCACGCCAGCCUAGCCAGGCCAAGAUGUAUGUCCAGGAUGUCCUGAGGAACACUUUGGCUGAGGAGGUGGUACAAGUUCUUCACCAGCGGGCAGGGCACCUAUAUGUCUGUGGGAGCCUGAGCAUGGCAGGGGAUGUUGCUCGAACCAUAGAGGGCAUCCUAGCACACAGGCUGGGCAUCAGUGCUCCACAGGCUUCACAAUACCUGUCCCGACUCAAGAGUGAGAAGCGGUACCAUGAGGACAUCUUUGGGGACAAAACAUGCAAAUGACGUGAACUUGGUGUCUUACCUUGAUCCAAGCAGCAAUGUCACUGAACCUGAAAUUGCUCAGUGGUUAUUGCCAUACUUUAAAAUUUGAGCCAAGACACACAAACCACAAACCACAUCAUUACAUUCUCCAAAUGCCCCAUCUGCCUUGUUAACCACCUCAUAAACGACUCACAUUUUCAUAACACACAACAAUUCCUAGGACUUUUUAAAUACUCUAAUGACUUCCCAUUAUCACCAUCCUACCCUACCCAUAACAACUUCUACAACCAGCCCACACAUAACUUCCCUACACAUCAAUGUGUGCACCUACACAUCGCUAUUGCUAUAACUAUCAUUCCAUAUAUUUAACCCUAUACCCACUCGACAUUCACUAUGCUGUUGUUACCACCCCUAUGUGGGCACACAUCUCUGUAAUCACUGCCAGACACUGCCCUAAUGAAGCACGGGUUAAUGCGGCAGGCAAAAGUUGAUUUGUGAGAAGACCUUCUGUUGGGAAAAUCAAUGGGGAAUAUAUUCCUUCUUUGAAUAUCAUAAAUAUAACCUAUAUCAUUACUUUAAUACUUUUCUUUUUUGUAUGAAAAUGUAUGCUACCUGUAUGCUAAUGUG